AUGUUUGCGGAUGGAUGUUCCAUUAUAGUGGUCAUCAACAAUCAGAAGAGUACCGUUACACAUUACCCUUUUCUGUAUAUGAUUGACCAAGAAGGUGGAUGCGGAGGAAACAAUGACCUAACUAGGUGUAGUGGAGGUAUCAAUUCCCUAAACGAAGCAAAGAGACAACAUAGUGUGGGUGCAUAUAGAAGAAUGUAUGCCCUAAUUUCCAAGAUGCCGAAAAGGUUACUUCGAAGGAACAAGGGUUUCCACGAAGCGAAUAAGCCGACAAUAUUCUACGUCAAAAUAUUAGCUCGCACUCGUAGCUAA